AUGUUCCCAGGAACAGAAAAGCCACAGGAUACAGGAAGGAGCGGAUCUCUUCUAUCUCCUAUCUCCCUCUCCUAUGGCUCUGAUUUGCAAAGCCCCAUAGGGAGUGGGCUGGCAGAGCGUAAGUGUGGUUUGCAGAGUCUACCCCAGCAUUGCAAAGCCAAGAAUAGAAGGGUGGGCUUGGAACUGGGAGACAAUAGCUUAAUCGCUGGCACAAAUACAGUUUAUAGAGUGCAAAAGUGUAUGGCAGCUAGUCCUCCUCCAAACCUGACUGACUCAGUCCUGUGCUUGGUAUAUGUUUGCAGAAUUUCUGUAAGACAUGGCUAUGAAAAACACAGAAGGGAUUAA